AUGUACAAAAACACUUCAGUUUGUUAAUCACAAGCAUGAAUCGGACGCAUCUCUUCCAAAUGUUGAAUCAUCAUCAUCAUCAUCAUGCACUUUAUUUCUUUUCCAGGGCAUUCAACAACUAUCCUUCAAACAGUCGUCACCAUCUAAUCAACCUCAUCUCAACCUGUAAAACCCUAACACAUCUUCUUCAAACCCACACCCAAUUAAUAACCUCAGGCUUCACACAAGACACUUUCAUCAACACCCACCUCAUAGAAUCAUACUCUUUGUUCAAAAAAAUCAAUCUUGCUCGAUUAGUAUUCAAUGCCACACCAAACCCAAGUAUUAUGUUGUGGAAUUCGAUGAUUAAAGCUCACAUAAGAUCAAAACAACAUCAAGAAGCAAUAAUUAUGUACAAUAAAAUGAUAACCAAUGAUUCUUUUACCGUACAACCGGACAAGUAUACUUACACAUUUGUACUCAAAGCUUGUACUAUGCUUUUGGAUAUUGAGGAGGGUGUCUUGCUUCAUGAACAGAUUGCUAAAAGAGGGUUGGAAUCUGAUGUUUUUAUUGGGACUGGACUUGUUGAUUUGUACUGUAAAUGUGGGCAUUUGGUUCACGCACGCCAGGUGUUUGAUAAAAUGCCUGAGAGAGAUGUGGUUGUGUGGAAUGCGAUGGUUGCUGGGUUAUCGCAGAGUUUGGACUUUGAUCAGGCGAUUGAGCUUUUUCGUAGUAUGCAGCUGCGUGGUGGAGUCGAGCCGAAUAGUGUCAGCUUGCUAAAUUUGUUUCCGGCUAUCCAUAAGUUAUCAAGUGUUAGAUUAUGCAAGUGUGUGCAUGGGUAUGUAACUAGACGAAAUUUCCCAAACACGGUUUUGAACGGAUUAAUCGAUGUGUACUCCAAGUGCAAAAGAAUGGAUAUUGCUUACCGUAUAUUUGAGUCAAUGCACGAACCAGACGACGUUUCAUGGGGUACACUAAUGGCAGGAUUCGCACUUAACGGUUGUCAUUACGAAGUCCUGGAAUUAUUUGAUCAGAUGAAAAACAAUAACCUAAAUGUUAAUAUUGUAUCGGUUGUGAGCGCUUUAUCUGCAGCUGGUGAAACAAAAGAUUUAGUAAAAGGAAAAAUGAUUCAUGAAUGUGUCAAGAAAAACAAAUUCGAUUCCGACAUUCGUGUAUCGACUCCACUUAUAACAAUGUAUGCAAAGUGCGGUGAGUUAGAAAAAGCUCAACGAUUAUUUCACAAUCUAUCUGGAAAAGAUAUGGUGGCUUGGUCUGCGGUUAUUGCAGCAUUUGCACAAUCCGGUUAUCACGAAGAAGCAAUUUCUCUAUUUAGUGAUAUGCAGUACGCUGGUUUUAAACCGAGUAUCAUAACGCUAGUUGGCGUUCUUCCAGCGUGUGCAGAGUUGUGCGUCACGAAACUAGGAAAGAGUGUGCAUGGUUAUUCCAUUAAACACGAUAUGGUCUCCGAUAUUUCUAUAGAAACUUCGCUAGUAUCCAUGUAUGCUAAAUUCGAUGAUUUCGCAUCAGCGAUGAUUGUUUUCGACAGAAUGUUUCACAAAGAGGUGGUCGCAUGGAAUGCGUUAAUUAAUCGGUAUGCUCAAAUUGGCGAGGCUAAUCUUGCAAUGAAGAUGUUUUGUAGAUUACGGUUGACCGAAGUUCGCCCCGACCCUGGGACCGUUGUCGGUGUGGUUUCAGCGUUGGCUCACUUAGCCGAUCUUAACCUCGGAGCCAGCGUUCACGCGUUAGUUACGAAACACGGGUUUGAAUCAGAUUGUCAUGUGAAUAACGCUCUUAUCGACAUGUAUUCCAAAAGCCGAAGCCUUUCCUCUGCUGAACGAUUGUUUGGUUUGACCAAAAGUCAAGAUCAAGUACUUUGGAAUGUAAUGAUUGGAGCGUAUACGCGAAACGGGUGUGCUCAAGAAUCCAUUUCUACGUUUCACCGAAUGAAAUCCGAAGGUUUUCGACCGAGUUUAGUCACAUUCGUGAACACACUUCCUGCAGUGGCUUAUUUAGCAGCCGUAAAAGAAGGUACAUCUCUGCACGGUUCCAUAUUCCGUACGGGUUUUCAUUCCCAUACCAUUAUUUUGAACGGUCUAGUCGAUAUGUAUUCAAAAUGUGGGCGUGUUGAUUUAUCAGAGGCGGUUUUUAAUGAAAUUAACAAUAAAGAUACUGUUUCUUGGAAUGUAAUGCUGGCUGGAUACGCGUUAAACGGGAGUGUGGAUUGCGCCUUUGGUUUCUUUUCACGUAUGCAAGAUAAUCUUGUGGAAAUCGAUCCUGUGUCAUUCUUAAGCUUGUUAUCUGCUUGUAGACAUGCGGGUUUGGUUAAAGAGGGCAAGCGUGUGUUUAACUUAAUGAAAGAAAAACACAAUAUCGAGCCAAAGUUGGAACACUACGCUUGCAUGGUGGAUAUGCUAGGAAGAGCGGGUUUGUUUGAUGAAACGUUGCGGUUAAUUGAGUCGAUGCAAAUGGAACCUGAUGGUGGAGUUUGGGGUAGUUUAUUGGGUGCGUGUCAAAUGCAUGGUAAUGUGAAGUUAGCAGAGUUAGCAUUAGAUAAUCUUGUGAGAUUAGAGCCGAGAAAUCAAGCUCAUUAUGUGGUUUUAUCGAGUAUUUAUGCGCAAUCGGGCCGAUGGGCUGAUGCAAGAAGCUUGAGGUUGAAGAUGAUCGAAUCAGGAGUCAAUAAAACUCCGGGUUGUAGUUGGGUUAGUGAAAAACGAGAUCUAAGUUUGUUGAACGUUUAGGGCUUGAUUCUGUCUGUUUAAGGCAGACCGAUCUAAGUAACUUCAAGAACUCUGUCCUCCUUUUUCGGAAUCAGAAAACGAGAAAUGAAGAACGACGCCGUGCUUGUGCAGCCUUUGUUGAAGUUAGAGACUGAUACAGGGCGGGUGAGAGGUGAUCCGGAUCCAUGACAGUUGAGAUCUGAAAUUCUCUUGGCGAGCGGUCAUUGGUAAAUGCAAAUCCAGUGAUUUGAAGUGCCAAUACUCAAAUGUGUCAUUUUGUUCCAAAAAUAGAUGUAAUAUUCAGGCAUAGAUCUAGAUGGAUAUAGUAUAUUUCGCUAGCGCUAACAAAUUAUUACAAGUGAAUAUACAUGUAAGGCAUACCUUAUUUA